AUGGCUUCUUUUAAGAACUCCCUACCACCGGAUCUCUUCGACCGGACCACCCUCGUGUCUCUUGCUUCGACACUUGCGAUCCUAGCGGUCGCUUACCUUAUAUCUCUACAAGCGCUCGACCAGAAGACGCCGGGAAGCCACCGCUUCUUGUUUAUAUGGCACGCGUUCGACGCCCUUAUACACUUCAUCCUCGAGGGGAGCUUCCUCUACCACUGCUUCUUCUCAUGGAUACCCCUUUCUAAAGUGGCUAAUCCACACUGGUUAGCGCCCACCGCCAAUAAUUUCCUCGGCCACGCCGAUCGCGCGUACGGCUCGCAGGCCGGCGGAAAUAACCCGUUUGCUCAGCUUUGGAUGGUAUAUGCAAAGGCAGACCGGAGAUGGGCCGGUGCAGAUCUGACCGUUAUUAGUCUCGAGCUCCUGACCGUCUUCAUCGCCGGUCCCCUCGCUUGCCUCAUCUGCUACGGUAUCGCGAAGAAAGACCCGCGCACCAACAUCCUUUUGAUCGUAAUCGCGACCAUGGAGCUCUACGGCGGAUUUAUCACGUUCUGCCCCGAGUGGUUAACCUCCAACUACAAUCUCGACACGAGCAACUUCAUGUAUAAAUGGGUGUACCUAGUCUUUUUCAAUAUGCUGUGGGUCUUUAUCCCAAUAUAUGCGAUCUGGGUUGCCGUUCAAGAUAUCGAUCACGCUUUUGCUAUAAGGGGCAAAGUUGCGAACAAAGUUGCGAGCAAGACUACGUCGUCAUCAAAGAAAAAGUGA